GUUUCUGUUCGAAAAUUGUCGAUUGGGUUGAGUCGGAAUGUGGUUGUUUGCCAUAAAAAAUGUUAUUAUAUUUCGUGUGAAUCUUGAAACGAAUUGUUACAAAGAAAUUCAUAAUCUUAGUGUGGUCUCACGCUUGUUUAUUUAGCUUACUUUAAUGGUUUCGUAGCGUAAAAUAGUGAACUACUGUGAAAUUUGCUGUGGUGAUGGGUUAUAAAUAUUUCUGUACUUUUAUGUGUUUUAAUACUUUAAAAAAUGCCGAUGUAGUGACUGUUGGAGCAGUGACAAAUUCCAAGAAUUGCAGAUAUUGCACACAGCUUAAUAGAAACAAUUACAGCCAACUACACAGUUCGCCUGAGCGCGUCAUCAAAUUAGUUACGGCCUUAAUGACUGUGAACCAAUCUUCGAGCCGUGCGAACCACGAGAAGAUUAAAAACGCUGACGAAACCAACAAUCUACAUAAUUUCUAGGUCAAAAAGUGAUAACUUCCAGUACAGCUUGAAGACGUGCAAUUUCCCGUUCCCUCAAAAGAGGUCUCACGCGCCUAUUGUAACGCCCUCUGACUAAUGGACAACCUAACCCGAGACUACAAUACACCCUGAACGGAAUAUACAUCAACCUCUUCCGGCAGACUAAACUUUUCGGCUGUCCAGACUUACUGGGGUCCACGAAUGGUUUUUCUUCCGCGCUUGGCACCUGCAAUUGUAAGCGAUGCGAAGUGAGCAACUUUCUUGGAGACGCAAUUGCAGUGUUUGCCGAAGGGAACGGACACCCUUCACAGAGGCGUCGUUGCAAUGAACAGUGACGUCGAAUCCGCGUACAGUCUUCCCCCUGAUCCAGGAGGCACUGGGAUGCUGGGGCCAACCUACACGCUCGUGGCGGAUCCAGAGAACCAGGAGGAUGGCCCUGGGGACGCAUCCCUGGCUCUGCAGGCAACGGCCCUGACAGUUCUGUCUGUUGUGGCCUCAGGAGCCAACAUCCUGGUCGCUGUUGUGUUCCACCGUCGCCCUGCCCUGAGGUCACCUUCCAACAGGUUCGUCCUCAGCCUGGUGCUCGCGAAUCUCAUGACAUCCAUGAUCGUAAUACCCGUUCUGCUGAUACAAGUCUUACAUCGCGAGGUGGCAGCACUGUGGUGGGUCAGACAGGUCAGCUCCGGCCUCAUGACUGUCGCAGUCACAGCGGCCAUAUUCUCCGUUCUGGCCAUUGCUGUUGACCGCUACAACGCCGUCCUGAGUCCUCUCCACUACGCCAUGACUAUUACCACCCAGCGAAGCAGAGCGAUGAUCGCGGGUGCUUGGGGAGUCGCAGGGCUCCUGGCUACCCCUCCGUUCAUGGGGGCCCUUGUGUCUCCAGUCCCCGCGACAGUCCUCGUACAUUAUACCAACUGCACGACCGGGGUUCAAGGCGAGGUCUUCCGCCUCACGUACGCGCUGGUACUGGUCACCCUUGGAUUUACCUUGCCGUUGUUCGCCCUCUGCUGGAUCUACGCCAGGAUGUACAACGCUGCCCACAGGAACAGCGAACGUACUCGACGACACAGCGUGUCGGCGAACCCUGGGGAACUGGUUUGCAGCAGACCUAGUAGUAGGGGAGGGUCUCUGGACUCGCCGGUCCCACCGACGUCAAUGGGAACACCAGAUAAUUUUCGGCGAUCUUGGAAGAACCCUCCGUUGACCGUAGGACUGGCAAAGAGGCGGUCGUCAAAUGCUAGUUUCUCUGCCCUGCUAUUCCGGGAAGAAGGGCGUGCUGUGAAAACAGCUGCCAUGGUUAUAGUGUCCUACCUCUUCUGUUGGACUCCUUACUUCGUAACUCUGCUAAUCGACACUUGGGGAGGUGUUGGCACUGCCGUAGACUCUUACAGUAUAGAACCUAAUCACGUUCCUGAACCUUUCCGUUCUCUUUCUCUGAUGACUGCUUUGUCCAGUGGCUGUAUUACGCCGUUCAUCUACGUCUUUCGUAACGAGGCAGCUAGAAACGAAGCACUCAAAGUUCUGCUUUGGUGGCGUCCACGAGGUGGUAAAUAUGUUGGCAACGUUUCACGGUGCAGUCGGGACAUUGAGACGUACAGCAACAACGGGAAACCUGUCGCGUCUGGCAACGGCUUUGGCCCUCCACCUGUUCACCAAGACAACUUCGCCCUUCGUCGUCAGUCUCUGUCAUACGGCGACAGUAUCUCAGUUCAAAGCUUCCACAUCCCGACUACAACUCUAUCGUCUUCCUCCGAAUGCCGUCAUUGUCCUGAUUCAACUUCGGCUACAAAGGGACCGGGUACAGCUGAUUUUAUAGCCACGUAUGAAGUUAUCGAGAGUCCUAACGCAGACGAAACCAAGCAGAAUCCUACAGACAGCGGCGACGAUCUGUCCGCGACAAAGAAUACGACGAGGACAAGACGUGAAAGCGUCACUUUCCGCCUUGCAUUUCUCCCUCAGCGACGUUGUCAGACUUGCGUUCGUCAAAACUCUGAUUCCUCUUCUGGAAGCGGACAUCCGCUUGUACGACAAUCUGACGGUACCCCUCCAGUCAUGAGGCCGACCAUCAGCAAUCCGGUGUCGUCUCUCGUCAAGAUGACGGUGUCUCAAAGGAGACGACAGUUCUUGAUAGGACGUCAGGGUAGUUCCGGGGAGGAACUAACACCUGGAAGCGAACCGGAGACCCCUCGUCACGACAUGCUGAUGGGUCGACAGCUGUUGGACCAUGAAGAAGAAGAGACCUUACCUGAUAUCCCACAGCAGUUUUUUACGCAAAAUAACAAUAACAAUGUCUCUUCAAGUAAGAUUAAAGAUUCAGUCAUGCUGGAGUUGGAGGAACAAAGGAAUAAUCCUGUCCGGACGGAACCUACUUCAACUGCAGUGUUUCAGUUCCAGGAGACGUCGUUGGAGCGAUUUGCCCCCCUCUCGGCGUCGCAGGAGAACUGCGUGCCGGUGACCCGUCAGGACUCCAGUCACAGCGACCGGACGGUUCGUCAGGACUCGAACUUGAGCGACGUGACGGUUGACAGUGGCGUCGUGCCGGACAUGACGUCAUUCAACCGUAGCCAAUCCAGUAGUAGCAGUAUCAGCACGGGCAGCUACGGCCCGCCGUCCAGACCGAAACGUCAGCGUCAUAAGCUGAGGAGGCUGGCGGCGGUGGAGGACGAGGAGGUGACGCCGCCCCCGCUGGAACCCGCGUCGCCAGUCCCGCCUCCAAGAACGGUCAAAAGCAGACUCAAAUCUAGUUUUAAAUCGAGGUUUUAUAGACCAGCGUUUCGGAUACCGAAAUGCGACUUUUAAGUGUUCGACGGCGUACAGUAAGUCACUCUGAGCGGUUCGGCAAUUGUGAAUGUUACCUGUGGUACAGGAAAAAGUAUUUUACGUGUACACAUCGCGAAUCUUGAUCACCAGUUUACGUGAUCAGACGAGAUUUCGCACAUUCUAGUCAAAUAGAUCACAGUCUUCACAGCGCAGAAAAUUUAUAACGAGGUCCUCUGGGUUGUGAUGCUGCCUCGAUUUUAAGGUAGGUGUCUACCCUGAAGAUGAUGGCAGCAGAUAUACCUCAAACCGCUGGUGACCACUAACGUGAAUGCACGGUGUCAUAACACCGAAUUCCACUCUCAUCACAGCUUUAACUGACCCGAACUGCUAUGGAAAAAACGUACAGUCACAGUAUUAAUUUCAGUCAGAAGCCGAAACGUCCAUAGCGUUACAAUCAAAACACAUCUUGUGUGAUUACGUACUUAAAAAAAAACAUUUGCAUUUCGAGAACUGGGAAAUUUCGAGAGUCCGCUCGCGUAACAACGUACAUCAUCCCGUAAAUUUGGUAGGUAAAGAAGGAAACCACUUUUUAACAAGUUGAAUGAGGAAGGUAAAACACAGAUUUUUACCAUGCGGGACAAUAUAUGGAAACAAAAAAAAAUUAAUUAAACAACAAAUUUUUACAUUAAAAAUUAAAUUUCUGCUGUAUUAAAACUCGCUGUGUUCGUCUUUCAAAAGAGGAUGAAGUUCAAAUAGGCUUUGUUAUUCUUUUUUUUUUAAUAUACUUUUGUUUAAAAUGCAUCUGUUUUUCCUGGCUUGUGAUUUAAUAGAUUUUAUGUAAAUCGGAUUUAAAUGAGAAACAACAGACUCUUGAUUAAUCUGCAAGGAUGACGCUUCGUAUUAUUAAUUAAGCUGAGUGUAUUGCUUCGUGAAGUGGAUUUUAUGUAACGGAUAAAUAAUUCCCCCCCGCUGGACCGGGAGGUUUAUCGUUUUUCUAAGUUAUAGGACAUACAUAGACGUACAACCUGUAGGACAUUUAUGUAUGUAUGUGUGCGUGUGUGUUUGUUUGUUUGUUUGUUAAACGUCGUUCAAUGGAGCGUAAUAUUUUGUGUUUAGUUUGUAUCUGCCUGAAAUUGGAUCUGAAUCGACCACAAAGCUGAAUGUAAAAUCCAAUCACUCGAUUGACAUUGGAAGUUGAAUUUCAUACCAGAUGCACAACUGAUCUCUGUGUCGAAACAAGCUUUGCGGAGGGUGGAAACGAGGGCAAAGUCAAAGCUAUAAACGUCGAUAAUCGAUUUUAGGAUUAAUUUGGAGGAGAAUAUGUUUAUUGUUUCGUCAUGCUGCCAUCUGGUGCAACAUGGCCGAAUGUGUCAGCAGGCGCUGACGUAAUAUUUAAUUUAAUACCAGACAUAAAUUAUUUUAAAAUUACAGUUGGUAUUCAUAUCGGAGGAUUGUUUAUGAUGUUUAACUCUUUGAAGCCCGAAGCUCGUCUAAAUAAUUUUUAAUAAUUCAGUCCGUACCGCGAAGAAAACACAACACUUUACCAUUACGAAGAUCAAGAUGGUUAACGCUGUUUAAGGAAUUAAUCGCUGUUUAAACUGAAAAUUACUACAUUUUCUCUAUUCUCAUGUUCCUUCCUGUCUGCGUUGCAUAUUCGACUCAAUCACUACCCUUCUCAAAAACAUCAGGCUAAAAAUUGCAGAACACUGAACCUAAGCACAUAAAAGCUUUUGAUGUAAAUAUGAAUAUAAAUAUGUUCCCUUUUCCGUAUAUUGUUGGUCUCAUUUCUGUGGUAUUGCGUCGUGAAGUGUGGUAGAUACUGCCCGACGUUUCGGAGGUACUUACUGCCUCCAGUGAUGAUGCUGUAGGCAGUAAGCACCUCUGAAACGUCCGUAAAUAUCCACUAAAGUUCCUGAUGUUGUAUCCCAUAAGACAGCCAACUUUAUACUCGUCACUUUGAGAGCAUCAAAUCUUUCCAAAAGUCAAAUGUUCGUCUCUUGAUUUAGAUGAAAGUUACUGAGAUUGACAAUGCACUACUUCCUUGUUACGUGUUCUGAUAAAUCCCUAAUCCAAUUUUAAGUCGAAGACGUCAGUAGAAGAGACAUCUAGAAUAUUAAAUUGGUGUGAAGUGUUUUGAAGGUACUCACUUCGAUGUAAUCCGUUUCUGUUGAAAGUAAGUUUUAAGGAAGUUAAUUAACUCCAUGGGGCAGAUUUAUUAAGCCUUUAAAACCUAACGGUAACUAACACCUGUUUUAGUAAUUAUACAUGUUAUCGGUUUAAUGUGGUUAUCAGAGUAAAAAACCAAUUCCUUAAACAGAUCCAAUCAGUUGAUUUGAAAUGGUUGCUUCUUUUUUAGAUAUGAAUUAAUAUUUAAAUAUUAAUAGGGGGAGUUUCGGCUAUAAAGGGUUAAAAAGAUAAUAUUCUUUAAAAUGAUUCUUUUAUAGACUCAUGAUUUAUUACCACGUUCAUAAGAACCAGCCUCUAGUCCUGUCCUGAGCCAGACGAAUCCAAUCAACACCGUCGUAACCUCUCGAUGUUUAUCUUCUUAAGGGUUGUAGCUCCGUGUAAACUUCCGAAAAUAGAGGUAGUAUGUUCCUCCGAAACGUCGGUCACACAGUCCACUUCCACCGAAUGAUAGCUCCCAAAAGAGCUGGAUCAAAAUUAUCGAAAAAGGGUAAAUGUAUUUUGGGAUGUUGCGCCGUGUAGCCUAGGAGAUACUUCCUGAUGAUUUAGAAGUGCUCGCUAUCUCCGAAACGUCUGUAAGUUUCUACCAGACUACAAGCUCAACACAGAAAAAUGCGGUUGUCUUUAUGUUCGAAAUCUCACAACAUCCGGAAUCACUAAUUUCGGCAUUGGAAUUCUUUUUUCCUCAAAACAACUCCGAUACAACAAAAAAUUGUUUCAAUCACAUAGGCCUGUAAGUUAUCGACUAAUUAUUGACGUCAAUGCAAACCACUUCAUGGCCAAUUUGCAUAAUUGGCAUCCUUAUAUAUUCUUUCGCUAAUGACGUGGAAGACGACGGUGUUUUCAGAACGAGUUUUUAAAUUCUCCCUUCAGCCCUUCCGUUUUCAAUAUUCUACCGAGAAGCCACAACAAAUCAGCGAUUUUCAAUCAGUGUUUGCAACAGCGGGAACAAAUUCAUCGGGAGAAAGAAGGGCUUUAGCGAAUUUUCGGUAUAAAUAAUUUUCAUGCACCAUUAGGAAGAACAGAUUGAGAAAAAAGUUAUUUAAAAAUAGGAGCACUUGACAGAGAUUGAGAAUGGUCUACUUUAUUACCGUCUUAUUUAUACACAGAUGUUCUGAACACGUUCAUUAGUCCACGGUUACGUAAGAGACUGUCUGAGCGUACUUUUAACUUCUCUCAACAAUGACUCUGCUCGAUAACUUCUCUCAACAAUGACUCUGCUAGAUAACCUCUCUCAACAAUGACUCUGCUCGAUAACUUCUCUCAACAAUGACUAUGCUCGAUAACCUCUCAACAAAGACUCUUCUCGAUAACUUCUCUCAACAAUGACUCUGCUCGAUAACUUCUCUCAACAAUGACUAUGCUCGAUAACCUCUCAACAAUGACUAUGCUCGAUAACCUCUCAACAAUGACUAUGCUCGAUAACCUCUCAACAAUGACUAUGCUCGAUAACCUCUCAACAAUGACUAUGCUCGAUAACCUCUCAACAAUGACUAUGCUCGAUAACCUCUCAACAAUGACUAUGCUCGAUAAUUUCUCUCAACAAUGACUCUGCUCGAUAACUUCUCUCAACAAUGACUGCGCUCCACGGAGUUUGUUGAUUAAAUUAGCUUUAAUCCCUUUAUACACUUCUUACAUCCAAGGUCACAACUAAAAACAGAAUUAAAUAUGCUUUGAAAUAUAUUUUCUCAUUUCACGGGAGCAGUGUUCUGCGCUUUGUUUCGUUAUUUAAUUUCGUGAAACUAACACAAACGUCCAUUAAAAAAAUCACCCGUUCCACGCGUGUUCAAACGAGUGAGUAUAAAGAAUUACAUUAUUUAAAUCCGAUGUUUGGUUAUAAAUACAUUUUUCGUAAGAAAAAUGGCAUGAAAUCACAGACUAAUCAUUUAUAAACUUACCGCAUCACAUGGAAGUGGACACAGUGACAGUGGCAAGUAUACGAAAUCGAAAACACAGGCGUAGAUGAUAGUAUAUUAUUAAAAUGUAUUGAAAAAAUAUUGUGUGAGGGUGUAGACUGGAUGUAUCUGGCUCUAGAUAAAAGUCUAGUGGACGGUAAUAUAUAUUCCGGUUUCGUAAAGGACAGGAAAUUUCUUUACUCUCUAGAUGACUAUCAGCUUCUCAAGAAAACUCCGCUUUGCAGAGUUAGGUAGGUACUUAAUUCUGCCUGUCCACGUACAAAGCCAGUAAUGUUAAGAUCAGAUGCAAAGUGACGGGUGCCCUCUCGAUAUGCAAAUUAAUUAUGGAUGCGGAAGGUUUAGAAAGUGAUAACCUAUCUAUGAACACCGUAUUUAUUUUCCACGCGAGGCAUAUUUCAGCUUAUGCCAAAAUAGUAAGAACAAAUACUAAUAUAACUUAUUACCUUCAUGAAAAUCAAAUACUGUGAUGCUCGCAGCUGUUGGCUACGGAUUAUGUAUCAACAUGCAGAAUUAUUAUAUGUGUAUUAAUAAAUUUUAAUUCUGUAACAUUUCAGAAUAUCUCCAUGAAUAUUAUAUCUGGAAAUAACAAAUUACUAACUACGGAACACUGUUUAUCGUUUCAUUUAAAAUCAUUACAUUUUAAAAUACUGAGAAUCAGGACUAUCACUUCAGAUGUUUAAGCGACCGUACUUUAAAAUGUGUUAGAAAUAUUUUAAAAAAACAUGUAGACAGAUUAAAUUCGUAAAUAAUUAUCGCAUUUCUUCACGUGCAAGGAAAAAAACCCGACAUACAAAUGAAUAAUAACAUUGUAAUUAGUUAAAUUUAGUCUCAAAUUAUGAGCCAACAUUAUGUCAUGGAAAUAUGUUGAAAGCAUAAACAUCUGUAGGUGAGUUUUCUUGUUUAGAAUUAAAACAAAAAUAUUUUAUCCUCCGUAUAAUAGUAAUAUUAUGUCCAAUAGAAUUUAGUUAAUUUAAAUUUUAAAACCUGUAAAAGUGGCAUUCUGAUGUUAUGUGUUAAACACUACUAUAUAUUAGAAGGUGCAGAAAUGGGGUUAUUUGAUACGGAACGGUAAACGAACUGUUGUGUCCGAAUCAUGUUACAAUUUGUUGCUUCCGGAUGUGGUCUCAUAUUGCGUCGACAAUAGUAUUACAGGAGGUCAUGCCAGCAAUGAAGCGUGUAAUUUGUAUAACCUAGAUCCUGGAAUAUGGCCACAUUGAUUAGUUAACUUUAGGUCUUGUCCUAAAUUCCAUUUAUCUCAGAUUAAUAUUGUUAAAUGCAUACAUUUUGAAAUUUUGUGUCAGUGUAUUAUUACAACAAUGCUUGCACAUUAAGAAAUGAUUUAUAGGUUCUUCUAAAUGUCCCUUUUUCGUCGUUUGAUAUUGGAAACAAGCUUUCCAUUAAUAUACAUAGUAAAUAGCUGUCAUUGUUAAGGAUAAACCACUUUAAUUUCAGUGCUUCGUCUAUAUUUAUGAGUUUGUUUAUAAUGGUAAAAUAUUUCAGUGUAAUUGUUAAUACAUUCCAUUGUUGUUAUUAGAAUUUCAUAAUCGAUGUGCUACAAAUUAUUUAAAUAUCUAUUUGUCUCUCCAUGACUAUGAAAAGAGGCCCACAUAUCAAAAAUACAACUCUUAUUUUUUUACGCCAAGGGUGUGAACAUAGGGGAAGAACGACAAAGUUGGCAAUGCUGUAUCUGUAACAUUACAAAUAAAUUUGUGCUACUUAAUUGAA